AUUUCGUUUUUGUCCAUUCGAUUCCAGAAUCAUUUCUAGAUCAACAAGAUUGGUGCUAAGUUUAAGUAUGGCCGAUCAUCUGAAUUUAUGUACCGAUCGUCUCAUAACAUCUGAGAGCUUGAAGUCAGAGAAAGAUUCUGAGUCUUCAGAUUCUUCUGGAGAAAGCUCCAAGCCUCAAGGCACAGACUUGGCUUCUUCGUCUGUGAAUGAGGAACCGAGGGAGUACUACGCUGUUGCAGAUGAGGAAGAACCACUUCUCCAGUCUGUUGAGUGUCGUAUCUGCCAGGAGGAGGAUUCCACUAAGAACCUCGAGGCUCCUUGUGCUUGUAAUGGAAGUUUGAAGUAUGCCCACCGCAAAUGUGUUCAGCGUUGGUGUAAUGAGAAAGGCGACAUAACCUGCGAAAUAUGCCACCAGCCUUACCAACCUGGAUAUACAGCUCCUCCGCCUCCUCCUGAUGAAACAAUAAUUCACAUUGGUGACGACUGGGAGAACGGAGUUCCCUUGGACUUGAGCGACCCACGCAUUUUGGCAAUGGCAGCUGCAGAACGUCAUUUCUUGGAAGCUGACUAUGACGAGUACUCGGAGUCUAACUCAAGUGGAGCUGCCUUUUGUCGCUCUGCUGCUCUCAUCCUAAUGGCACUGUUACUGUUACGAGAUGCGCUAAAUCUCACAACUAACUCAGAUGACGAGGAUGAUCCAACUGCAUUCUUCUCUCUAUUCCUUCUUCGUGCCGCCGGUUUUCUUCUCCCAUGUUACAUCAUGGCAUGGGCCAUCGGUAUACUACAACGCCGGAGGCAAAGACAGGAAGCAGCGGCUCUAGCUGCUGCAGAAGUUGCUUUCAUGAUACAUGGUGGUGUGCCUCAACGCAGGGGACUGCACUUUUCUGUAGCACCAGAGCUACCGAUAUCCCACCCAACUGGUGUCUGA